UUCACGAUCCAAACAAGCCACAAUUUGCUCAUAUUUUGUGUGAAUCGCCAUUAAACACGUUAUUCGUUUGAAAUAGUACUUUGUUGAGGCGAAAUGGAGGCUGUUCCGCGGAUGCCGAUGAUUUGGCUGGAGCUGAAGGAAGCGGGGGAGUUUCAGUUCAGUCCUUCCGUCAGACAGUAUAUUCAAUUAAACUAUGGUGAAAAUCCAGAGAACUACAGUGAGUCAUUGAAGAGGCUGGAGCAACUUAGGCAGACUGUGGUAAAUAUACAGAGAGAUUUUGAGGGCUGCAACACUCUUAGAAUGUACUUUGGUCAGCUUCAUUUUCUGCAGAGUCGUGUUCCCAUGGCAGCUGGCCAGGAAGCUGCAGUGCCCGCAACAUGGACGGAUCUAUUUUCAGGGAGAAAUAUCACGCAUGAUGAUAUUACCUAUGAGCAGGCCUGUGUCCUUUAUAACCUUGGUGCCUUGCACUCUGUUCUGGGAGCUGUGGAUAACCGCCUAUCUGAGGAGGGGAUGAAAGUGUCCUGUACACAUUUCCAGUGUUCUGCCGGGGCUUUCUCCUAUCUGAGAGACCACUACAAUCACAGCUACAGCUCUGACAUGAGCAGCCAGAGCCUGUCAAUCAACAUCAGCCUCAUGCUGGCACAGGCUCAAGAGUGUCUCCUGGAGAAAACUCUACUAGACAACAGGAAGAGUCAUUUGGUAGCAAGAAUUUGUGCCCAGGUGUGUAGCUAUUAUAAGGACUGUCUGAGGGUUUUGGAUAACUCUGAAUGUGUGCCAGGAAGGAUUCAGAAGGAGUGGAGGAAACUCAUCUGCCUGAAGAUAAGCUACUUCAGUGGCAUUACAAAUUUGCAUAUGGGAAAGCAGUCAGAGGAGCAGCAGAAAUUUGGAGAGGCUGUUGCUUACUUUCAGUCCUCCCUAGACAAAGUGAAUGAGGCAAUUAAGCAGAGCAAGGGUCAAUCGGAAACUGUGCAGGAAGCUCUGAAAUUCACAAUGGAUGUGAUUGGUGGGAAGUUUAUUUCAGCUAAGAAAGAUAAUGAUUUCAUUUACCAUGAGUCUGUGCCUGGUAUAGAAACACAUGCAGCAGUAAAAGGUGCAUCCUUGGUGAAACCCCUUCCUGUGACCCCAACUGAUCAGAGUGUCACUGGUCCUGACCUCUUUUCUAAACUUGUUCCCAUGGCAACUCAUGAGGCCUCUUCCCUUUACAGUGAAGAGAAGGCACAGUUACUUAGGGACAUUGUGGCCAAGAUAGAGGACAAAAACCUAAUCCUUGAGAGAUUUAUGGAGUCUCUAAGCAGUGACUCUGUGUAUAAAGUUGACAUGUUUAAAUCACUUCCUGAUGCUUUGUUGGAAAAAUGUGCAUUUCUCAGUGUACGACCAGACACUGUCAGGAACCUUGUUCAGGCCAUGCAAGCACUAUCAAAUGUGUACACUGACGUGGGCUCAUCUCUGGAGGAGGUCCAUACUGCCCUGGAGGAAGAUGAGGCUGGGGAGAAGAGUUUGAUGGAGGUGGUAGGACAGAAAGGACUGCCAGCGAGGCCUCCAGCCCUGCAGGAGAUUCAGAAAGAUAUGAAGAAAUAUGAGGCUGCCCAUCAGGCAGCUAGCCACACUAACACUGAGCUCCACAGAGCCAUCAACCAACACAUACCAAACCUACGUCUGUUGCAGGGGUCUGUUGAGGAACUCAGAAAUAGCCUGCCUCAGCCACAACUCAGCCAAGACGAUAUGGCUUCCUUGCAAAAAAUGAAGACCAUUCUCAAAAAAGUUGAUGAAAUGCGGAAGCAGAGGAUCUUAUUGGAGAGCCAGCUUCGUGACCUUAUUCAUAAAGAUGACAUAACUGGAGUCCUGGUAACCGCAGAUCGUGUUGAGAUCAAGACAUUGUUUGCAGAACAGUUGAAGAAAUAUGAUCAACUGAAAGGGUAUAUAGAACAGAACUUGGUAGCCCAGGAUAACUUCCUGAAAGCCCUAACCGAGUCUAAUGUGAAGUACGCUCCUGUACGCAAGACGCUAACGCUCACAGAGCAACAGUGGAACAGCACUGUGCAUUCUCUGAUUGCCUCAUUUGAGGCUUAUGAGGAAUUUAUGAAGAAGGCUGAGGAGGGCAGAAACUUCUACCAGGAUCUGGACAAGAAGACUUCAUGCCUGUUGGAAAAAACCAAGUCCUAUUGUCAAACCAGAGAGGGGGAGCGAGUUUCCUUGCUGGAAAGGGAGAUUGGAAAAACACCACCUCCCAGAUCUACUGGCCAAAAGCCUGUGGUUGGGCAGAAAGUUCUUGGUUCUAGAUCUGGACCCUCCAGUCUUGAGGCUGUAGGUCCUUCUCUCCCCCAUUUUGGUGCUGGAGAAGAUCUUCCACAAGAACUGCGAAGCCUCCCUUCAAACAUGAAUUUUGCCCGAGGUACUCUGUUUCCAAACCCACAAUUUCCCAAUACAGAUCUAAUGCUCAGACAACCGUUGGCACAUCAUCUUCCACCAAAUCAUGCACCUUAUGGCCAAGCGUCUGGGCUUCCACAGCCCUCUGCACCCCUUCAGAUCCCUAGGCUGCCACAGCAGUUCCAAGCAAGAUCAGCUGGAGGCGUCACACCUGUCUAUCCUCAGGUUAACCAGUUGACCGCUUCACAGAUGCCUACUCAGGGAUACAAUCCAGCUCUAUGGCAGCAAGGCCAUAGUGAACCCAUUGCUGUUUCAGGGGGGUACACUGUGCCUCCACAGAUGGGGCAGAUGCCUCAAAAUUUAAUUAGGCCUGGUCUACCAGGGCCACAAGAAUCCAUGCCAAACUCCCUUGGGCAGCAGAUGCCAACUGGUAUGCCUCAGUCUUCCUCUGCCCAACCAGUCCUGCAGGGAACCUCGUACCAAAGCGUUACCCCCCAGCCGGGACAAAGUGCUCCCUCAACCACACCAAGAAAUGCAUAUCCUGGGCAAAUCCUGCCACCCUUCCAACCUGGACAGUACCAGCCUUCCAGGCCAGUCCAAGCACAGCAACAGUCUGACUUCCCAACCAGCUACAGACCAGUAUUAGUUCCACAUACUCAACCCCAGCAUGGUCUACCAGGCCAAAUAAAAGUAACCCAAUCGCAGUCUGGUCCUUCUAAUCAGUUCCAUCCUGGACAACUUCCACAAAACAGGACUCAGCCUUAUAUGGGCUAUGCUCCCACAUCUUUUUCAUCCUCGCAAACUCAGCAACUCUCUGCACCCAUCCAAAAUCCACAGCAAGUGCAGCCAGGGUCUCAAAUAUUUCCACAUGUACCCUUCAGCCAGAAUUCUCAAAUUACUUUUGGUCCUCAUCCAUCCACUCAUCCCACAAUGCCACCUGGAGCUGUACCAGUUCAAGGCAGCAUGUAUUCAUUUGCAUCACCACACAUGGGCCAACAGACCAUUCCUCCCCAAUUCAACUCCAUGUUUAAUGGAACAGGAGGACAACCCAUGUACACUCCAAGUCAAAGCCAAAUAUGUGGCCCUCAAAAUGUGGCUCGCCCUUUGUCAGGACAAGCAGUUGUACCAGUGAUGGAUAAUCCAGUUCCUCCCUCACUUGCUAGCACUCUUGUACCUGCUCACAUCUCACCCCAAAGCCAGAUCUCCACUACUAAGCCAGACAUACCCUCCUCUUCCUUGGAAAUCCAAAAUUUGGAGCCACAAACCACAUCAAGUGCUGCCCUCCCUCUGGAGGUAGUGUCUGACUCCACUUCAUUUCUGGAUUCUCUCCAGAACAAAGUGGAUCAUCUCUGCAUUGAAUCCCAGAGUAAAGCAUCUGAUUGUGGAGUGGAUAAAGGCAAAAAUGUCAAGUCAGAAUUGGGCAACAGUUGUGCAGAUGUCAUCAAUGGUAGUCAGGAUACCAUGCAGAGCACAAUCCGUAACGAUGACACUGUACCAGGGGUGCCGAAAAAAAGAGACAUUUGGUGAUUUGGAUCCUUUGUGGUCACUAAACAAGAUAUGAUGCCUGAACACACUUCUACAUGUACUAACACAUAAUUGCACUUUACUUACACACUAUGAUAUAUUAAAUUGACUAAAUUAAAGCAAAUUUAAAAUAUUAUAUUAUUACUAUAUGAGGGACUCCAAAUAAAGUCCAUAUAUUAUAUUAAUUAUAUAAUUAUAAAAUUAUAUUCUUGUGUCCCGUAUCAUGCUGUUUUUCUAAUCCUAAAUAGCACUUUAAUCUAAACUCUAUCCAUUGAAUGAUGAUGUUGAUAAGGAAGAGGUUGAUUGUGUAUGUUACUAAUUUGUUGAAUUUCCAUUGUUUCAUAAACUAAAACUUUGAUACAAAUAUACUCUUCUAGCGUUUACAUUUACUUUUGUAAUACAGUGUAAACAUAGCUUUCUUAUUGCUCUGUAUACACCAUAAUAUUUUUACUGUUUACAAAAGUGGGUAUAAGACUGUAUUGUGCCGCAAUAAUUUGAGACUUAAAAAAACAAAUCUCUUCUUUGGAUAUGUUGCUUGUGUUAAAAAUUCAACAUUAAAUCAGUUG